UUUUAAUGCAAACUUGGGAGUCCGGGGGUUAAAUUUCAUCGAGAAGCGAAGCCUACUCGAACAAAAAUCGAAACCACAAUACGCAAACAAACACCCUCGAAUCUUCGAAUCAAUCAAUCAUUCAAAGAUGCCAAAAAAGAUGGGAGUGAACAGCAAAGCCGAGGCCGCGCGGGCUCGCAAAAGCGCCACGGAAUCGGAGCGGAAGGACCGCGAAGCAAGAGAGAAGGAAGAGCAGUACUGGCGCGAAGCAGAGGGAGAAAAGUCGCGCGCCGCCAAGAAACGCGAGGAGGAAGCCGAGAAGCGAGCUGAAGCCGCGGCGCGGAAAGCCGAGGCCAAGCGUUUGGCCGAGCUGGAAGAGAAAGAGCUGGAGAAGUCUAUGAGAAAGCCGGAUAAGAAAGCGAAUAGGGUUUCGAUUCCGGUGCCAAAGGUGACGGAGGCAGAAUUGCAGCGACAGCGCGAGGAGGAGCAGGCGCAGAUGGCGAAGAAGGCGGAGGAGGCGAAGAAGAAGCAGGCUAGGACGGCGGCGGAAGAGGAGUAUGAACGGAUGGUUUUGGUGACGAAUACGAACAGGGAUGAGUCUGUUAUUGAGGCAAGGACUGUGGAGGAGGCCAUUGAGAAGAUAUCGUUGGCGGAUAACUUGCCGGUGGACCGCCAUCCAGAGCGGCGGCUAAAGGCCUCGUUUAAGGCUUUUGAAGAAGCUGAGCUCCCUAGGCUUAAGGAGGAAAAACCAGGUCUUACUCACACUCAAUACAAGGACUUGAUAUGGAAACUAUGGAAGAAAUCUCCAGACAAUCCUCUUAAUCAGGUUGCAGAGUAAGCAUCAUUGGAUUCAUUGUAUCUUGAAAAUAGAGUGACAGGCCAUUCUCCUUGGGCACAUCAUUGAGGAAUGUUACUAUAUCUUGCAGAGUGGAGUGUUUACAAUUUGUACCUUAUAUGCGAUCAUUGUAUUUUUUGGUUAAGUUGAACAAAACCAGAGUGUUAACAAUGUUUUUCGGUUUCAUUUCUGUUCCUGCUUGUUACUGGAACGUCCAUGAGGUUUUGGUGAGUAAAGAAGAAAUAAACUUGAGAUUUCAUGAAUGUA